UACCACCCUCCCUCCCUCACACUUCCACCUGUUCCUCCCCCCUCAGCCUCGACUUUUCCCAUCUUGUCUUCCACUCCUACACCUUCUCCCAGUACAACUGCAGUCGUAUGCUCUACUCUUAUGCUUAUUGCUGAGACCUCAAGCAUAGCAACAACAUCGGUCACCUGUUUAGACAAUCUCGACAGCACUGUCAUGCCAAUCACCAGUCUGGCCUCGACAACAACCACACCAAACGUGCUUGAAUCACCUACACCAGGUGAAUGUGAUCUGUAUGAACCAAAAACUGCUAUGACGACUGCAGAUCUUACCCCCAACACCACCACCAGAGGCCCAAAAGCAGCCUCCAACUCCACUCGACAGCAGAUCGACUUUGCAUCCACUUGUUUCACCAUCACCACCAGAACACCUUCUCAUGCGUCGACGAACUGUGAACCAGACGCAACCAGUCAACUCACCAGCCUACCACCAGUCAAGUCAACCGAGCUCGAGUGUGAUUCAUAUCCCAGUCUUCGCAACUCAUCGAAAAGCAAAACUCAGCAGACAAGUAUUGCUAUGGUUACCACGCGUGCAAUAAGCAGUCCAUCGUCCAACAAUGCAUCCACGACAAGACGCCAAGAAAAUCGGCCAAACUGCAAUUCAACUCGACUAACAAGUACAACCAUCCCCGUGAAUUGCACAAAGAAAACGCGACCCCCUUAUGCCACCACCAUGACAACGCCAAUUGCGACUACCACGCGAAUACAAACAACCACAGCCUCGACUUCCACCAAUACUAAAAUGACGCCGGAAGUGAUAAAAAAGCCAGAGCCAGGUAGGCAUUUUAUGCAUGUAGAGCGAAAAAUUGGGUAG